AUGGCAGAGUACGAAAUAUCCCUUGUAACGGGCGCGAGCGGCUUUAUCGCCAGCCAUGUCGUUCAGCAGCUUCUCGAAAAGGGCCACGAGGUCCACGCCACGGUCCGCAGCGCCAAAAACCAAAAGAAGAUCAAGCAUCUCCUCGACAUGCAAAACCGAUGGCCCGGCAAGCUUACUUUGUUCGAAGCGGAUUUACUUGUGGCCGGCUCGUUUGAAGCUUCCAUGAAGGGUUGUUCAGUUGUGUAUCACAUUGCCUCGCCCUUUUUCAUCGAAAACAGAAUUCGCGAUGGCCAAAAGGAAGUAGUCGAGCCAGCCCUUAAGGGAACACAGCACGUUCUGGACGCUGUUCAGAAAUGCGAGACAGUCAAGCUUGUCGUCUUGACCUCGUCCAUGGUAGCCAUCUGCGGCGACAAUGCCGACGUAUUGGAAAUGAAGAACAAAACCCUCUCCAAUGAGUACUUCAAUACCACCAGCUCGGUAAAUCAUAACGCCUAUGCAUAUUCCAAAGUCGUCGCCGAGAAAGAGGCUUGGAAGUUACACGAUGCGCAGCUGUCUACCAAACGUUGGAAGUUAGUGACGAUUAACCCUGGUCUUGUCCUGGGGCCAUCUUUAUCACCAACUUCUGAAUCUGGCAGUCUAUCUUUACUUGACCAGCUCCUACGUGGACAGUUAUUUUUGGGAGUACCCGAUAUGUGGUUCCCAAUCGUUGAUGUGCGAGAAGUCGCAACCGCCCAUCUCCGCGCUGCUGAAAAUCCGGACUCCCACGGUCGCUUCAUUCUGGCAGACAACACGACACAUGGCUUCGUUGAACUUGCUCGUAUUCUCCGAUCAAUCACUCAAUCUUCUCGAAUUCCAAGAAAUAAGAUCCCAAAUGCCGUGGUGCGCAUGUCUGGUCCGCUUCUCGGCUUAAGUCAAAAAUGGCUAAAACUGAACCUUGGUAUCCCAUUUGAUAUCGACAAUCGUCCCAGCUUGGAUCAAUUAAGCAUCGUUUACCGGCCUUUGGAAGAAACAUUGGCAGAUCAUUAUUCGUCAUGGAAAAAGGCUCAGGGCUAA